AUGCUUCUGCUUGAUUAUCAGAACGUCCUUAUCCAGAACCUCCUGACGGAGCGGUUCUCCGGAUCCCAGCCAGUCUCGAUUGAUCAAGUUGUUUCAGACUUUGACGGAGUGACAUUUCACUUGUCGACACCAGAAUCGAAGACCAAGAUCCUUAUCUCUAUCAACGUGAAAUGCUUCAAAGAGCUGGUCCAGUAUGGUGCUCAGGAAGUAUUGGAACGGGAAUAUGGACCCUAUAUUGUCACACCAGAGCCUGGCUAUGACUUUUCGGUACAAAUUGACUUGGAGAACCUACCCGCGGAGCAGGAAGCUCGGGACGAGCUUAUUAUGCGGCUUGCGCUGAUGAAGCGCAACGCAAUGGCUGCGCCGUUCGAAAGGGCAUUCGAUGAAUUUGCGAAGCUGUCAGAGGAGGCAUCUAGAUAUACAUCAGAGUCUGCACCUCAGGGAGUAAAGGAAGGGGGAGAAGUGAUGACAAUUCAUUAUCGGGAAGAGGAGGCGAUUUACAUCAAGGCCAGUCAUGAUCGAGUGACGGUGAUCUUCAGCACCGUAUUCCGCGAAGAGACAGAUCGUAUCUUUGGCAAAGUCUUUCUACAGGAGUUCGUUGAUGCGAGAAGACGUGUGGUGACAUUGCAGAAUGCGCCUCAGGUACUGUUCCGCAACGAUCCUCCCCUGGAGCUCCAGGGUCUUCCCGGCCUCCAGGCCGCCGGGAAUGGCGAGAUGAGUUUUAUCACUUUCGUGCUUUUCCCUCGACACCUAACCUCUCAGCGACGCUACGAAAACAUCUCCCACAUCCAAACCUUCCGUGAUUACUUCCAUUACCACAUCAAGGCGUCCAAGGCGUACAUCCACACCAGAAUGCGCAAGAGGACAGCGGACUUCCUCCAAGUCCUCAACAGAGCUCGGCCCGAAAACGAGGAACGCGAGCGAAAGACGGCCAGCGGUCGUACCUUCAGGGUGCAUGGGUAA